ACCAACAAAUUGGCGAACAAAUUUGAGAAACAGUUAUUUGUGGAGAAAAAAUAGAUAUUCUGGAAAUGUCUGAGGAUAAACCUUUAACGGACGCACAAAAGGCGCGCAUAGAACGCAACCGUGCAAAGGCAUUGUGUCUGAAACAAGCCAAAUUAGUAAGUCAUCCUUAUGCUCUAGCAAAAAAGGACACGAAUGCUGGAGAAGGCACUACAUCCAUAAUUAAAGUGCAAGGAACUAAAUAUAUUGACAGUGGAGGUGGUUUCUUAAUUGAGCAACCAGUACAGGCAUCUCAAAAUUCACAAAAUGGUGAAAUUCCGGGCGUGGGAGGUGUAGCGAAAGUGGUAAAUGAUGCCAUUGCCAUACCUGUGCAGUAUGAAGAAUGCUUGGAGUGUGCCGAUGCAUUUGUGGAUUCAUUUCUGUUCGAUAGCUUCAAUCUUGCUGUCUGCGAUAAAUGCCGAGAUCCGGAUGGAGAACAUUCAUUGAUAACGCGCACCGAAGCCAAAGCAGAAUACCUUUUAAAGGAUUGUGAUUUUGAUAAAAGAGAUCCUCCAUUGCGUUACAUUAGCCGCAAAAAUCCUCACAACAUACGUUGGGGUGAAAUGAAACUCUAUCUGCAUUUCCAGGUACAAAAGCGUGCCAUGGAGGUAUGGGGUAGUGAGGAAGAGUUAAUGCGUCAACAUGAAAACCGAGUUGAAAAAAGAGAAGUUGGAAAAAUACGUAAAUACAAUAAGGAAAUGAAGCAGUUGCGUAUGGAGGUGCGUAGCAGUUUAUACACGAAGAAAACCAAAGCCACACAUGCCCAUGAGUAUGGCGAAGACACCUACAAUGAGGAAGAUGAUACCUAUACACAUUCUUGCAAAACUUGUGCGUUUACAGAAACAUAUGAGAAAAUGUAAUGUUUAGUUAAAAAUGUUCAAUUAUAAUAGUUUAGUUUUUAAUAAAAUUAUAAAUUUUUCUGUGAAAUUAUAGAAUCUAAUUUAAUGAAAUGUAUACAUAUCGUGCUCGUUCAACAAUACUGUAUUAUUUUUUAUUUUAUCUUUUUGGCAAAAAACAAUAAAAUGGAUAUGCAACUGAAUACAAGAA